AUCGCCUUCCUUUCCCCCUCAUACCCCCUUUCUCCUUAAAAUCAGACUCCCUUUUCUUCUUCCUUCAUUUCCUUUCAGGUUUCAUGGACCAAAAGACCCACCUCAAACCUAAACCUUUUUCCUCUUCAUCUUUAACCUUUUCUCUAGCAUAAAUCACACUUGGGGUUUGACCCUUUUGUAGCUUACAUUCUUGUUUUAUCUGGGUUUUGUUUCGAUUUUGAAAAACAGAAAAGAAAAAUGAUCACCGGUUCCGAUCUUUACCAUGUUCUCACCGCCGUUGUGCCACUCUACGUAGCCAUGAUCUUAGCCUAUGGCUCAGUAAAAUGGUGGAAGAUCUUCACCCCGGAUCAAUGUUCAGGAAUCAAUAGAUUUGUGGCUCUUUUUGCUGUUCCUUUGCUUUCGUUUCAUUUCAUCUCUACCAACAAUCCUUACACCAUGAACACUCGGUUCAUAGCCGCUGACACUCUGCAAAAACUCAUAGUUCUUGUGGUUCUUGCCAUCUGGUCAAGAGUUAGCGCUAGAGGCUCACUCGAAUGGUCGAUCACUUUAUUCUCACUUUCGACCCUUCCAAACACUCUCGUCAUGGGAAUCCCUUUGUUGAAAGGAAUGUACGGAGAUUUUUCCGGGAGUUUAAUGGUUCAAAUCGUUGUUCUUCAGUGUAUUAUUUGGUACACUUUGAUGUUGUUUUUGUUCGAGUAUAGAGGUGCUCGUCUUUUGAUCGCUGAACAGUUUCCAGACACUGCUGGUUCGAUUAUUUCAUUCAGAGUUGAUUCCGAUAUUCUGUCGUUAGACGGAAAAGAGCCUCUGCAAACGGAGGCAGAAGUUGGAGACGACGGAAAGCUUCAUGUCACUGUGAGGAAAUCCACAAGUUCCCGGUCGGAGAUCUUCUCACGGCGGUCGCACGGCGGAAUGAAUUCCGGGGUUUCUUUAACACCACGUCCUUCAAACUUAACAAAUGCUGAGAUUUACUCUCUACAGUCAUCAAGAAACCCAACUCCGAGGGGUUCGAGCUUCAACCAUACCGAUUUCUACUCCAUGGUUAAUGGGAAGAAUGCUAGCGGUGUUAGCCCACGAGGGUCGAAUUUUGGGAACGUGGGGUAUGAUGAAGAGAGUGGGAAUAACACUGUUAGGGUGAAUGGACAGGGAAGUACAGGGUAUCCUGCACCAACUAAUGCCGGAAUCUUUUCUCCGGUGUCAGGUCCGGCGGGGAAGAAGAAAGGCGGUGGUGGUGAUGGUGGUGGAAAAGAUCUUCACAUGUUUGUUUGGAGUUCAAGUGCUUCACCUGUUUCAGAAGGAGGGAUUCAUGUGUUUAGAGGCGGAGAGUAUGGUAAUGAUCUUGGAGGUGUACCCCACACUAAAGAUUACGACGAUUUUGGCCGGAACGAAUUCAGUUUCGGGAACCAACCGGGCCCGAACGGUGUGGACCGCGAAGCAUCGGUUUUGUCUAAACUCGGGUCGAGCUCGACUGCUGAGCUCCACCCAAAGUCUAGCCCUCAUGGUGAACCUAAGGCAUCAGCUAUGCCACCGGCUAGUGUCAUGACUCGACUCAUUUUGAUCAUGGUGUGGCGCAAACUUAUCAGAAACCCCAACACUUAUUCAAGUCUCAUUGGGCUCACAUGGUCCUUGGUCUCCUUCAAAUGGCAUGUUCAAAUGCCUGCAAUAGUUGCAAAAUCCAUUGCGAUUCUCUCCGAUGCCGGUCUUGGCAUGGCCAUGUUUAGUCUCGGUUUAUUCAUGGCAUUGCAACCGAAGAUUAUAGCGUGUGGGAACUCAGUUGCGACUUUUGCAAUGGCGGUUAGGUUUUUGACUGGACCUGCGGUCAUGGCGGCUGCAUCGAUUGCGGUUGGACUACAAGGAACUUUGUUACAUGUUGCCAUUGUCCAGGCAGCUCUCCCACAAGGAAUUGUCCCUUUUGUGUUUGCUAAAGAAUACAAUGUACAUCCGGAUAUACUUAGCACAGGGGUUAUAUUUGGAAUGUUGAUAGCGCUACCAAUUACUCUGGUGUACUACAUUGUGUUGGGGCUUUGAAUGGAUGCUGACUUUUGUCCUGUUUGAAGAAGGAAAGGGUUUUUUUGGGGGUUCUCUAACAUGUGAAAUUACCAUUUUGUUAACGUAGUAAAAGAGAAAAAGAGAGGAGAAAUUAGAGG